CCCGAGCCCCAGGUUGUGCUGCUGUGCACCGCCAGUGCUGCUCGACACACGGAGAUGGGGACGUGUGGCUGGAGUAGCCUCGUUUUUGGGGCAGAAGGACGGCUCACCCCUGUCCUGGCUCUGCUGGCUUGCUGCUCCCCAGUCCCCACCAGUGCCACACCCAGGGGGACUGGGAACUGGGGGCGGCAGCUCUGCGUGGUGCGGGUGGUCUUCGCCGCUCCUGCGAGUGCUGGUGGGAGCAGCGGAUGGCUUCGGGAGGAUGCGGUGUGACCCCCCUUGUUUUGAACGUAGCACCACGGCGUGCACCACUUUGUCUGGGAAUUUGUUUAAUUUGUGUAAACUUCCUAGGCUGCACUGCUUUGCUGUAGUUAGCCAGUAAAAAAAAAUGCAUUUAGAUUUUUGAUUUGCUAGAAAACGUAUUCAAAAAAAAAAAAAAAAGAGAGACUUUUCCUGUAACAUGCUAAAUCAGAGCAAAUCAGCGUGCUGGUGAUGGCAAAUCAGCAGAGGAGCGGGGCACCCCGUGCACUGACAGCCGUAGCGGCAGCGCUCGGGACUCCGUGGCUGCCCAACUUCUGACACAUGCGAGGAGAGCAGGCGCGGUGGUGAGGCCAGAAAUGGGAGUUGGUGUGGAUGGGAGGCAUUGGUGUCUGUGGGGCUACCCGUGCUCGCUGCUGAACCUUCCCAAUUUUUCUGGACGAUGCAAGAGGAAAAAUGUAAAUUGCCGUAGGAGUGGUUACUCGCUGCUCAUUUAUUCUGUUCAAUCAGAGAAAUUAGUUGAUCUAGGGGAAAAAGUAAAAUUGGUUUGAUUUUUUUUUUUUUUAUAAACUGCAAACUUCAGUGAAAUUUGGCAGUAAGACCUGCAUUGGUUCCUGUUUUUUAGCCACUCAGUUUAUGUCUGCAUUGAAUUAUUUCACUGGUUUAAGGCACACAUCAAGUACUCAAAAAUAGCUCAGGGUUCAAAAUUAAAAUGAGCGAGUGAACAGUUCAUAAUUAAAGUCUCAUGGCGUUGGAAGCAACACUGGAUUUCAGAGAUGCUGAUGUCAAACGCAACUUCUGCUCAUUAGUAGUAUCAGAAAAUUGGUACAAUGUCUUUACAGUUUGGAUCUGGGGCUUGUCUAUACACAGAAGUGGCAUUGUUUUGCCCUAAAUUACGCAACCGCCCAAGAUUCACGUGUGGUGAUACAAAGGUUUUAAUGCCAACAUGGCUCAUUCCUUCGAGACUGGGGGAGCAAGCUGUGUGCCUGUACCAGGACACCUGAUCUGGGCUUGUACCGGGAUAGCAAGGGAUUCUGGUGGAAUAGUGUGCCUUUAACCAAAGUGCUAAAGCAUCUAAAAACCUAAAUAGCAUGGACCAGUCUUGGUUGGCGUUACUAAAAUGCUGCACUUGGGUAUCCAUUACACACCUCCUUUUCCCUCAUUUCCCUGCUACUUGUGGUUGUGUGCAAGGACUCUGGCACUGAGCCCUCCCGCCCCGUGGUAGCAUGCCUGCAGCACCCUGCGGGGCUCGGUUUGUCGCUCACGUCCCACCUGAGCUGGGGUUGCAGGCGAGCUCGAGGCGGUGGCGAUGCCCUGCCAAGCGCCCCGUGCCCCGCUGAGCCUGCUGGCCGUGUCUCUGCUAGCCACAGACCCGCCAGAUUCAGUCAAUGCGCACGGGGUGCAUGCAAUUAAUGAGAGAAGUCGACCUACUUGAUUUUCCAUUAUUGGCUUUGGCCUCGUCUACACAGAGAGAUUACACCAGUUUAGUUUAAGUCCACUUUUAAAGUGAUUUGAUUAACCUGGUGUGACCUCGUGUACAGACAUUCUUAUUUGGGUUCAUAUGGACUUAUUUUGGUUGAACCUGCCCUGAGUCAAUUUACACAGAACUGAAAUUAGCUGUGCCUAAACUGAAAGGAGAACUUGCGUCUCUGCGUUAUGACAACUUUCUCAUGAAAGGAGGACCUUCUUUAGAACCUGGCACAGAGUGAAAUUCAUGGAACCAUAGUCAUUAAUGUUGGAAAAGCCUUCCAAGAUCAUCUGGUCCAACCAUCGCCCUACCACUGAUAUCACCCAAUAAAUUAUGACCCUAAGCACCAAAAAAUUCCCAACAAACCUGUAGGAGACUGGAAGCUAUUCAUAGCAAAGUUAUUAAAAAUAAAUAAAAAAGAGCAAAACCUAACUAUCUUAGCAAGACAAAAGAAGGAGUCCCAGCGAUCCUGGUUGUGGGGUGCCAAAAGCAGUGGCACCAGGCUGCUGCAACCAUACACCAGGCUUGCAUGGCAAGGCUUGCAGCAAGGCUCUCCUAUGGCUCAUCAGCUGCAGAGGAGGGGAAGUGUUUGUAUCCUGUACAUGAAGUCCCUACGCAGUCAAAAAAUAAAAAAAGUGAUGCAGGGAACUAUAGGCGUGCUCGUUUGAAUGCAAUAGUACACGGUGUCUCAUGACGUAUUUUGUAGGAAAGAAUAAUUAGACAUGGAAAUAAUGAGGAAGAAGGAUAAAUUGCAACAAGAUUUUAUCAAAAAAUGGGUUGUGCUAGACUAAUCUAACAUCUUUUUUAUAUAACAGAUUUCUUAGGUGGGGUAGUGCAGGAAUGUGAUUUAUGUGAAGCCAAGCAUUAGAUACCAUGCCCCACAGGACAGUAUUGCUUAAAAGGAAGAUGGUGGUUCAAUACGAGAGCUGAGAGGUGGAGAAGGAGCUGGCUAAGCAGAAGGUACAAGAGUUGCAUCCAAAUAAAGUUGUCUGAUGGGAGAUUGGCGUUGAAGGAGGGCCUUUGGGAUGGAAGCGAGCAGUGCUGCAGCUCCUGGGGACCAUCAGGAUGGGGCCACAGUGAGCUGGGGGAGCGCUGGGUGUGUGCCUGGCGGGACACGGGGCUGGGAGGUGGCCUCGGAGGGAGGAGGACUGGAUUAUCAUAUGAAAGGAAUUUAGAUGACUUUGUUGAUUGGCGUGAUAGAAAUAAAAUGACAUUUAAUAGUGCUGGGUGCAAAGUCAUGCAAAGUUUUGCGCGUUGAGACCAACAACAAGAAUUUCAAGUGUGAAAUGGGCUCGUCGCUGGCGGGGACAGAGGGCAGAGAUGUGGAGGCACUGCAUGGCCCCAGGUGCCUGUGGGCAAGUGGUGGGAUUUUAUCGUUGGUUUUAUCAUUGUACAAGAGCUUUCUGUCGCUUGUGGUGUAGUCUGUUGGGAUAUUGCAAAGCUCUGGACACCCCCAUCAAGAAAACGUUAGAUUAGAACGGCAGGAGGGCGAGAGAUGUGAUCACACAAAUGGACUCUCUAUUGAAUGACGUGCGAUUAAACACCUUAAUUUGUUUAGCUCUGGCCAAUUGAACAAGUGAAGGGACAGGUUACAAUAGGUCUUUUUACGCACAGCUGGGACUAAAUGGCAAGAAGGAGGAAAAACUGUGUAAGUCAAAAGAUAGCAUCCACACGAGAUUAAAUUGUGUAAGUUGGUCAUGAAUAAAUUUGAAUGGGAAAUUAGAAGGAAGCUUCCAGCUACCCAAGGAUUGAGGUUGUGUAAUAGUCUUUCAAUUAGGGUAGUUUUGAGAUAGAUCUUGAUAAUCUUAUGAAAGAGAUUAUACAGUUAAAUUAGAGAGUUCCUGGAGAUAGGAAAUUAAGUUUGCAGAAUUAGCCCUUUGGUCUCCAGUAUAUCUGUAUUUUUAAUGCAAGGUUGAAAGGAGAUUGGACCAGGUUUUGUUUGCACUGUUACAUUAACCCCAUGCAUCAAGGCUUCUGCUGUUUUCCUGGGAGCCAUGGCAAGAGAGAGUUGUCCCCAUUGCUGCAGAAUCAGUCUUUUUUUUUCCCACGUUUGCCUUCUCAAGCAGUAGACGUUGGCCACAGGUCGAGGUGUAAGGAAAUUCUGCAGUGCGGAGGCUCCUUGUGGCGUUAGGCUGGCACGACUGCCUGCGGUGUUUUCUGGCGUGCUUUCUGGCUUAACCUGUUCGUCUGAUUUUGGGGCAGAGAGGAGUUUUUCCUUCAGGUUGCGCCGUGAGUAUCCACAGUGUACUUCAUGGUAUAUUUUCCAGGAUUGGUAGCUAGUGUUGUUUAAUGAACUUUGUGUGGUUGCAAGGAUAUGCGGUCUGGGCAGUGAUUUUUACCCACCCUGCUUUUCCGUGUUACAGUGCCGUUUCAUCUUGUGUGCUAAUGAUGUGAACUGUAAGUUUGAUGAAGGAUGUGAGGACGUGUUCUGAGGCUCCUGAUGGUUGAAGAGAUGUUGUGAAGUCAGCACUAGAAGCGUUGUUUCCUGAGGUUGGAGAGCUGGUGUUCAUGUCCCCGCUGUUCCAUUUCUACCUGAUAUUCCUAAAAUAUGUUGCAAAGCUGGACCUAAAAUCAGCCCUGCUCUGGUGCUGCUCAGAGAAAAAUUCUGUAAUUUGUGCAGAAAAACCUCUAGAAUAAAUAAGAGAUUGCUGGCCUUUCGUGAUAAGUCAGUAAUUUUAGCAAGACAGUUUUGUUACAGGACAGUUGAUGUAUAAUGUGCAUCUUACUCCUUUUUCUUAUUACAAGAAAGAGAGGAGGAAAAGGGCAAAAAAAAGACAGAAAGCAAGCAGGGAAGCAAGAAGGAAAACAGCUUGACUUAGCCUGAAGGAGAGAUCACAUACCUGAUAAGCUGCCUGUUCAGAGAAAUUGAAAUAUGGAAAAAUGACAGUGCAGACGAGGAUAAUACCGAGGUUGUAGACAAGGAAGUGCGCUAACCAAACUCCACGGAGCUGCUGAAACGCAUCGGAUCAUCUGACUGUGACUUGUAUUCUCAGCAAACACGGUUGUAUAAUUGAUUAAUUUGUCGACAUCUCUGUAGAGCACAGCACUAUGGUAACUAAGAGGCUCGCUCACCAUUUUCCCAGGGAGCCCUGAAAAGCGUAUCUUUCCUUGGGAGGGCAGCAGGGAGGCAGGGCAAGACCUCGGAUGUCCAGCUGGAGAGGACAGAUGCACACACAUGAGUGCACUUGGGCACACACUCAUGGUUGGAAGCAGCCCCUGGCCAGGGCAGGAAGGUGAGCUUGGGGUGGUUAGCUGGUGACAGGCACUUUUGGGGCACCACGGAGGUGUCCUGGACUUGGCUUGCAGUAUUCGUACCAGAGGUUACCCUCGGUGCUGUGCUCAUCCCAUCUCCAGGCAGGGAUUUAGGCAAGCCCCUCCGGUCCCCACGGCAGUGUAACACCUCACUUCUACACCUCCGUUUCCCCACAAUUUGUGUCCCCUCUCCCAGAUAAGCGACGUGCAAGUCAAUGUCAGGCGCUUUGCUGGGUGGCAGGUGUAGACAGAUGGGUUCAUUGAUUGACUAAUAGCUGAAUGCCAAGAUAUUUGCAGGUGUGUUUAUUCUUGUUUACAAACUGCCCGAGCUCAAGCAAGAUUUUCAAGUAUGUAGCAACGGCAGGAAUCAUAUCCAUAAAAAUGCUAAUCUCCUCUCUUGCUUCAUCCGUUCAGCCCACAAACACACGCACACACAUAUGCGUAAAAGAAAUUAAUAAGGUUUAUUUGUUCUCUUCUGGGCUCAGCCUACUUUAAUCUUAUUUUAACUCACAGCACAGCGCGACGCAUUGCUUCAGGACAAUAAAGUUUUGACCGUAAGCAGCAUAAUAAGUAAACCAUUUUUUGGAGAAAUAAAUAAACAAAAGAUGAGCUGAUAACAGCACCCGUUGAUAUUAAUUAUUUCGCAUAGACGCGGCAGCAUUAUAAGAAGACUUCUAAGUAAUCCAGAGGAUUUUUCUGAAAGGGAUAAGCCAAACCCCUGUCCCUGCUGAAGGACCUCUCCCAGAGUAUCAGCAGAAGGAAAAUAGAUAUCCCAGGGAUAUCAGCCUUGGGGUCUGGGCCACCGAAGGCUCUACUGCCCAAGUUGCACGUAUGUCUUCAUGUCUUGAGGAGGAUGCUGUGCGUUUGGUCCAGUUACAGCAAACCCAGCAAUUAGGGAGGCUGUAAGAGCUGGGGAGGUUACACCCGCGCCGAGGAAGUUGGGUUAUGAACCUGUUCGUCCCGUCGCUGAGCGCAGCAUACACGGCCGCAGUUUACAGUAAAUUAGAAAUAUUCGUGCUGAUCAAAGUGUUUCUAAUCACGUUUUAUUAAGUGUAUGCAUUAAGUGAGUCAUGUGUGGCAAAAAGGUGGGACUUUGGUUGGCUCCGCUACUGCUGGGCAUGUUAAGGAGGAAUAUCAACAGUUUGCUUUUCACUCAAACAGAAUACUUGGAAAGGCUUCGUUUUGGAGCAGGCUUUUAAUGGAAGGGGCACAGUAGGAAGUGUUAACAAAACAAACUCUGUGUGCUAAUCUUAACACCUACAUCUUCUAUUGAAUCUUGCUUAUUGCAGCGGGCUGAGCCUUGUCAUUAGUGGAGACAAUGAGUCAAUGUAGAAAAAGUGAGUUCCUUUAUUUUCUCCGCAUCCGAAGCUCUGGGGUUGGCCUCCUGGAUGGCAGUAGUGAUUUGGAGCUGUGCAAUUGCAGAGGGAGUGCACGUCGGCCCUUGGGGGCCAGUCCUGGGACUCUCCUUGCUCAUUCUGCUGGAGUUGGGGCCUCCAUGGAUCCCAGUGCCUUCCUUACCUGGGGCAUCUUCAUGUCUCCUGGGACACGGUUCUUUUGCUGAAAAUUCUGUUACAUGGGGAGAUUGCGUGCAAUUCUGUAUUCUGCUUUCUGGAAAUUCUUUGGUUUGGAAGGAGAAUGCCCCAGAAGAGUCUUUAGAGUAGGAGAGUGUGUGUGAUUCUGCAAUACUGUCCAUAAGGGACAAAUAUUCUUUGUCUAAAAUGGGAGAAAAAUAAGUGCAAUGGACUAAAAUUGUCACUAAACCAUCUGGAAACAAGAAAUGAGGCUGGAUCAGAACUCCAUCUUAGCCAGACCACAUGUUUUGAAUCUGGAGCUGAAUUCCUUAUCAUGGGUGUAUUCAUAAAUGCAACUAGUAGAGCAACCAAGAUCUAGAGUGUUGGAUUGAUUUGAUGGUUGGUAAUAGGCUGUUGUGACUAGAGCAGAAUCUCUUCUUUCACUCAAGGGAUGGAUAAAGACUAACUCAAAAGAGGACGACGAGUUCUGUGUUUUCAAUUUUAUAUUUUUAAAGGAAAGCAUAUGAAUAUUAACAAGCUGGAAUAGCGUCUUUCUUAAAAGUUGUCCUUAGAGAUAGCGUAUUAUAUUAAUGUGAAUUUGAUUGCACAGUAAGUAAAAUUUUAUAAAUAUAAAUCAUCAUCUUCUUUCAAAAACUGUCACACCUUGGAAACUAUUCUGGGAUUUUCUAGUAUAGUCCAGUUAGAAUUGUUUGAGUAAAAGGAGGCAUCAGUGAACAAGUCAGAUAAUGAGCUGCUUUACAUAAAAGGCAUAGUGUCUAUUUAUGAUAUAUAGAAGUCCUAAGAGAGAUAACUUAUCAGUUUAAUCUUUUUCGAAUUGUGUUUGAAAUCUACUUUUUAUGAGGCAUUCCUGACUGUUCCAGAGCUUACUGCUCAGACAACUUCAUGGACUUUGUUUCUCUUUGACUUACAACUCUGCAGGGUCCUUUGCAGGCAAACACAGGCAAAUUUUCUUCAGUUGUAUUUAUUUGGUUCCUUGACCUCGAAGUAAAAUUUGUAGCGAUGUAGGUGUUGCCAAAUGUUUUCUUCUGACCUGGUUGCUGCUGUCAGACCCAGCUGUUAGCACAAGAUAUGUACAGUACCAGUAGGAGCAGUCACACAAAUCGUGGGGUUUGUCUUUGGCAUCUUUGGCUCAGCACUGAGGAGCUCUGCAGUUGACUUGAGUCUCUGCAGUAACGAAGACUGUGGAGUUUGGAGCCACUGCACUAAAUGCUUCUUUUUCCUUCUUUGUAAGUUCUUGAGAUAAAUUUACUGUGGAAAAGAGGAUUGCUGGAUGAAUUAAAUUAGAUUAACUAAACACUGUUUUUCUCCCUGUGUUUCUAUCCGUGUCUUGGCUUUGAGAGUUUGCCCACAGAACAGCUAUUUUUUUGAGCAAAAGCGUGGCAUUUACUUUUGUCUUUCCUGACAUGAAUGUCAUGUUUUAUUAGGGAAUCAUCUCAAUCAGCUUUACUAGCAGCUGAUUUUCCUCCCAGCCUUGCAACACUUGCAAUAUCUUCAAUCAGAGAAGAGUCAUGAUGGGGAAGUGUUGUUGGAAGGAGGACAUGCAACGCCGGAGUCUGGCAGAGCAGGAUUGCUCUUCUGCAUAGAGGAAGCAAACACCUGUGAGAUAUUAAAAACUUUUGACGGGGAUGGGAAGAUAAUUACCAAGAUAAUUCCACGUCAGGCAUCGCUCUGGCUUCUGUCUCCUGCCAGGCUUCCUAAGCCCUAGGUCAUAAGGUUAGAGGGAGCUGUGGGCUGGUUGUGUCAUCCCUCACCUGUGGACGAGGACCUUCCCCACUGCAGCCCAUUGCCACCAGAGCUGGAUUGCCUGUCGUCACCCUCCCAUUAAGGAUGACUGCUUCUAAAGCAUUAGCAUUCAUGUCAGGACUAGAUAUGGAUCAGCACAGGCUUAAAUCAUUGUCAGGAACAGAUGUGAGAUACCUAAUCAGUUAUUUCCUUAGGAAAAUGAGUUUGAUUGCAUGAAUAGUUGUAAAUAUUUCAUUCAGCGGCUCAGCUACUACGGCAAUGGUAAACAAGCUUCGGAGAGGCAUUUUGUGGUACUGCACUUGAUUUCUUAUUCAUCUACACUUCAGCAUAGAAGAAAGCAGCUUAGGUACUUUGGAUUACUUUUUGUGACAGCAUGGCUGGCAACCAGGGGCUUGCUUGAAGAGAGACGAGCACGCUUAGCCCUAAAAACCACACCAGCUUCAGCCUGGUUGGUUUACAGCGUGCAGAAUUUGCCCACACAGAACACAGAACUAGAAGAAAUGUUCGUGUUAGGAAGGAUGUAACACUAAUUUCUGUGAUCUUAUAAGGAAUUUUACUACUGACCUUUUGCAGCGGGCCUGGUGGGAGGAGGAGAAGGAAGGAGGAAGGUGUUUUUUCUAUCUGCCUAAUUGAAUGUUUUCCCUGCUUGAAUUUUUGCUAAACCACUGUGAAGUUUGCUUGUGAUUUAUAGGAGACGUACACGAAAGCAGUGCAGGAAAGAAAGAGGCUGCGAGUACAGAUGAUGUUUGCCUCUUCAACACGGUGUGAAAUCCCGAGGAAACUGGGACUGCUAGCUAAAGGUCAUGGACAUUUUUAACUUCUGCUGCUGGCUUCGUGCUACUGCGUAAAUGUUCGUCAGGGAUUGUGCUGGCCUUGGUGGUGUAACGUAGUCAGAUUAUCGCAGGAACAAGCUCCCUUUCAACCCGUAUGUUUUGUGGGCAUGUACGUUACAGUAUCUUUCAUCAGCUGGUUUUAAUGUUUAUCUUCUGAGCCAGCCUAAUUUUAUGGUGUUAAAUAUAGUAUGGAUGCUGCUGGUAUGUGGAUACAUGGUUUAAGGUGCUUUGGUCGCAAAAGCCCAGAGUAACAGAUUUGUGUCUGUCCUACUUCUGGAAAGCACAAACAAAUCCCACUGCCUGCACCCAGGAAUUACACAGGUGGUUAAGACAAGAGGCAUGUGUCAGCGAAUCUUCGUUCUCCAGUGCUCUUUGCACUGUGUCUCAGGGGAGAUGGCGUCUCACGCCUCAGCCUUUUCAGCUGGCCAGGUCUCUUACCUGAGAGUUAUCCUUCGAGAGAGAUGGGCCCGUGCUUUUAGCUUACUGGUUGUGUUGGAGUCCUGUUUGUGACUCACAGGAUGAGGAUUCUUAGUGUAAGACCAUUGCAGAUAAGAAAUAAAACUCAUUUUUAAAUGUUCUGUAUGCUCACGCAGUUGUUGAGGGACACAUCUUUUCCAGUUUUAGAGUUUACAAAAAAAAAAGCUUCCAAGAGAAUCCCCAAAGCGAAGGGGACAUUCAGUCGUGCUGAGUCAUAUUUUGUUAUUUUGGUUGAUUAUCCAGCCAGCCAUGCAAAUAAACUGCAAGGGAAAAAAAAAAACGUGUGUGAAUGUCUUAUCUAUGACAGAAUGAGGACUUGGGUCUUUGUGCAUAAUAUGUGUAACAAUAAUGGCCCAGUAUUAAGCUGCUCCAGUGGCUGUCAUAUUUGUAGUCUAAAAAUGAUAACGAAGUAAUAAGAGAGAGAGACAUGUUGAUGUUUAUCUUCUCUUUUCCUCUUUCAGAGCAAAAGUUUUGCUUUCUCAUUACGUUUCCAGUGCAGAUUUGCAGUACUGUGCAGAAUGAUGAAUCUGAUUGCAGUUAAUUGUUUAAAUAUUCUUUUAUUCCUGAAGCUUUCGGAACAAAUAACAUCUUUUGAGGAGCUAGUUGAGAAGCAACAUGGGCAAGAUAUUGCAAAAGGGAAUAUUGGAUGUGAAGUUAAAAGUGUCUCAGAGAAGAGAAGGAGAAGGUGUGGAGGUUGUUCUAAAGAAGGAAGGAAAACCAGCUAUAUUAUUAACACUUCCAGUAACAUAAGUGGCAGCAAUUCUGCUUGAAAAAAAAAAAAAAGGGUAAGCUUCAAUAGUUCAAAUCCAUCCUUGGUGUAACUGCAAUGGAAUUACACUUGGAUCAACAGCUUUGCUGGUUCAUAAGUCUUAUAGGGUUACUGAAUGCAAAUACUAUAAAUGAGCGUGACUUUGUCCAAAAUGCAUUUAAUGACUGUAUUUAUCGUCUGUCUGUCUUCUUCAUAGUAAACAAGAAGGAGAAGGUCUUGUAGCCACAGAAAAUAUUUUGCAUCAUGCUGUCUAACUGGGGCCAUUAUUAGCUAUUCUCAGCUCAAAAGAGCCGUUCUUUAGGGUAGCUGAAGCACAAACAUGCUUGGUCUUUGGGACCCCUUUACAGCCAUAUUAUAUAUUCGUAAUGCAGGAAAUAAAACACUGGAUGGAAAAUUACCACUUCAAGACAAGUGUGGGUUAUUUUGGAGAUUCUGAGCAAUUAGGUGAAUUUUCUCACAAUAAUGCUCACAUCCAGUGCUUAAUCAUACACUUGAAACAAGUGGGCUCAGACCUUAUGAAAAGUGUUUACUUGUUCGGCUUUAAGGCGCAGGCCAAGAAAUAACUUGAUCGGAUUAGUCGGGGUUGAAUAGGAACAGCAGCAAAUAGAAGCAAACGAGUGUGAACGAUGCUGCUGUGCUCUGCAUUAGAAAAAUAUCUGCCAGCUGCCGUUGCAGAGCAUAAUCCCACAAGAUGCUGACGCCUCCGGUUCCCAUUGCCCGAGGAAGCCAGGGCAGGGCUCCUUGGGUGUGUGGUUCCCAUUGCUCACCUGAGUCACACAGCUUUUUUUUUCCUCUUAAAUCCUUCUUUUCCCUCUUACAUAAAAGCUGGUUCUUUUGUACCUCCUCUUUCUUGAAAGGCUCGUGACGCUUGCAGGGCCGGGGUGCGUGGCUGGUUAUUCUCAGCUGCAAGAUUACAGAGAUGGCAGCAGUAAGGUCAGUGGGGCACGGACUCGGCUCAGCUGGAGAGCAGAUGCGAGGAGAUCAUUUAAGGAAAGCAGCUGAAAUUCCUGGAGCCAAAUGAGGAUAAGACAAAUUUUGAAAUGAUUAAUUUUUCUCCGUCUCUAUUUACAUGGUGAUAAGAACUGCUGAUCCCACUCCGUCAGUCUGGACUGAUGAAUCUGAGCGAUAGAACAGAGCCCUGUGUCGUGUAAACGAACUGAUGGAUGAAGAUGAGAAGGACAGGGCAAAGAGGGCAUCACGCAACAAAUCUGAAAAGAAGAGGAGAGACCAGUUCAAUGUCCUCAUUAAAGAGCUUUGCACAAUGCUGCAGGGCCACGGCCACCCUCUCAAGAUGGACAAGUCCACCAUACUGCAGAGGACCAUCGACUUCUUACAGAAACAGAAAGAAAUCACAGCACAGACAGAAGCCUGUGAGAUUAGACAAGACUGGAAGCCUUCAUUUCUUAGCAACGAGGAGUUCACCCAGUUGAUGUUAGAGGCAUUAGAUGGUUUUCUCAUCGCUCUUACCACUGAUGGGAUUAUUAUUUAUGUAUCCGACAGUGUCUCCUCUCUGCUCGGACACUUACCGUCAGAUUUGGUGGACCAAAAUAUAUUAAACUUUCUGCCUGAGCGGGAACAGAGCGAGGUAUACAAGCUCCUUUCUCCACACGUGCUCAUGACAGAUCCUGUUGCAGCUGAUUUUCUCAACGUGGAAAAGCAAAUAGAGUUUUGCUGCCAUUUAGCAAGAGGCAGCUUAGAUCCAAAUGAACCCCUGACGUAUGAAUAUGUGAAAUUUGUAGUGGAUUUUAAAUAUGUUACUCAUGUGCCUACACCCUCCUGUAAUGGCUUUGAGUCAGCUAUUGCACGAGCUUUCAGGUCAGCCACAGAGGAGCAGAUAUGCCUCGUAGCGACUGUUCGUCUCGUCACACCGCAGUUCUUAAAGGAGCUUUGCAAUGUUGAAGAGCCAUGUGAAGAAUUUACAUCAAGGCAUAGUUUGGAAUGGAAGUUUUUAUUCUUGGACCACAGGGCUCCACCCAUCAUAGGAUACUUACCCUUUGAGGUUCUGGGAACGUCAGGGUACGACUACUACCACGCAGAUGACCUGGAGCUUCUCGCUAGGUGCCAUGAACACUUGAUGCAGUUUGGAAAAGGCAAGUCGUGUUACUACAGGUUCCUGACCAAAGGCCAGCAGUGGAUCUGGCUGCAGACACACUACUACAUCACCUACCACCAGUGGAAUUCCAAGCCCGAGUUCAUCGUUUGCACUCACCUGGUAGUUAGUUAUGCAGAGGUUCGAGCUGAAAGGAGGCGAGAUCUUGGCCUUGAAGAGUCAUCAAUUGAACUGGCAUCCUCUUCUAUAAAGAGCCACGGCAGCUACCUGGAUGUGGGGCAGUGCGGCAGCAGCCAGGAGGCCAGCCGGGAAGGAGUGUCGCUGUCGUCCCACAGCUCCCGCCGCUCCUCGCACACUGCGCUCUCUGACUCUGCCUCCACCUCGUCCAUGCGGCAGACCGACACCAGCACUCCCACCCGCCCGGCAGUGCCGGAGAAGGCAGCCCUGCGGCUGGCGUUGGCUGGAGGCGCCCAGGCCCUAGCAACUCCUCCAGCCCCUGGCGAACACCUCCCUCAGCAUCCCGUGGCUCAGCCAGCAGUCCCCUCUCAGCACGCCGUGAUGCCAGUGUACCACUUCCCGGCCCAGCUGGGGAUGAUGCACCAGCUGAAAGAGCAGCUGGAGGAGAGGACUCGCAUACUGCAAGCAGACAUCAAGACACAGCAAGAGGAGCUCCAUGUCAUCAAGGAGCAGCUCCAGCUGGUGCAGGACUCCAACCUGCAGAUUCUGAUGCAGCAACCGAUUCCCUUGGUCUUCAACAACGUGCAGCACCAGAGCCCCAGGAGACCCCCACCGCCGCCAGGGACGCCCCGGCAGGCCAGCGCCAAGAAGUCCCCCCAGCCAGGCCCGAUGGGGACCAAGCACUACGGGGGCCCCCACGAGCCCUCACAGCGCCAGUUCCUCAGGGAGCCCUGUGGCACGUCCUCCCAGGUACCACAGCAGCAGCAGCACCUCAUGAGAGGAAACCAAGCCCAACAAACGUGUCUGCCAGGGCAGACGAGCAUUUCAAUGCCCCUCUACAACAACCCCGUGGUGUUUUCGCAAGCACAUCCCAUUACAGUGGCUGCCCAGAUGCCGACCGACAUGAGCGAAAGGCAGCCGCAGUCCGACUACAGCCAGGACAGGAGCCUCAGAAUGCUGCUGGACCAGUCCAUCCAAGCCAUGAUGCCCGCCGCCAAUGGCAGUGCUCAGGCCGCGCUGAGCGGCACCAGCAGGCAGCAGGGAAAAUUCGUGGCGGAGCAGCAGACCUUGCCUCCCCCCAUGCAGAUGCAGCCCAUCACCUGCAGCACGGUCCGGCCGCCCGCCCCCUCGCCCAUCUUCUCCCCAUCUGUGGUGAUCCCCCACGCCAGCUUCACCUCCCACCAGACCAGCGCCCCGGUUCACCUCCACCAGUGGUCACAGCAGCAGGUGCAGCAGCACCGCCUCUACCUUCAGAUGCAAGGUCCUGAGGCGGUGCCGGGGGGCCCGAGCCCGCGUGUUUUCCAGCCAGCCCAUGUCCCGCAGCAGAACCCCCUGAGCUACUUCCUGCACCCGCAGCCGCAGAGCCGCCACGCACAGGGCCAGGCCUGCAACCUGCAGGACCUGCCCGAAAUGCAGCUGCCCUGACCGCCGGCUCCCCAAGGCAGGGACAACCUUGGCCGCGGUGGCUCGGCAACCCGAGCACAGGCGGAGCGGGGACGGAGCCGUCGGAGCACAGACGGGUGAGGUCGGGCCCCGUGGGGGCCGGGAUGGUUCCACCAGGGGCAGAUGGCUCUGGAGGACACCACGUGGAUUGGGAUUUCCAUGGGGCUGAGCUGGGAUCUUCUGGUGGUACAACCACUGCCAAAGAGAGCCCUGGGACUGUGAGUGGCCGCAAGCCCCAGCCACGCCUGUCCUGGAGGGAGGGCACCUUCAAGAACAAGGAGCAGGAGGAUACAUAUGGUGGGGCUCCUGCCCACUGGAGCUCAGCUCCAAAAGCAGCUGUAAACUUGUCGGUGCAAAAGCUGUGCUUCGUUUGGGAGCCACGGGCAGGCGGCGGGGUGCUGCUGCAGGUCACCAAGCCGUGCGUGCCUGUGCCAGCACCAGGUAUGGCUCCUGUGACCAGGACGGUGACAGGUGGCCGGCUCCGGGAGCUGCUUGAUCAGGUCACCACGGAGAGCACUUGGCACCACAGCAAAGCCUUGUCCCUUCAGAGCUUUGGUGCUGGAAGGCACUGUGAAGGUAAGCCCAGCGCUUGCAGCACACACAGGCUGCAGCAGUCACAGGAGGGAUUGCCGUGUACAUAGCUCUUGUCUCGCUCUAGUAGGUCCGUUGUGGAUUUUUUUCCUUUUUUCUAUACCUCAACCCCACCAUUUUUGUUUUCCAGGAGAUUGGAUAAUGCUGCUAAUUUACAUAACACCACUUUUGCCUGAAUUUCUUACUGUAGUUAUACCAGCUCACAUCACAACUAGUAAGAUACUCGUCAUGUUUUACUGUGGUUAACAAGUGCAGAUAAAUUUAUAUGGUUUUUACUCCCUGUAGACAAAUAUUUUUCAGGUUACGGACAAAGAAUCCUUACUCUUUCUUUUCUGUUGUUUUGUUUUGUUCCAAGUGGAUGUUGUUGUGUAUGUUUCUUUACAUGAAAACAAGCAAACAACACGUAGACCAUCAUGUGACAGCAAACUUUGUGGUUUUGCUAGGUCAUAUUUCAAUUUGACAAACCUGAAACGUGUACUCACAAUGACACAGGCACUGUUACAAGCCUAUAGGGUCAGCAAUAAAUUGUAUUUUUGUAAAUUGUCACUUUUUAACUAUAUGUUUAUAUUUAUGAAUUGAAAACCAGUUUAUUCCUCAGUGGGUGUAUAGUUAAGUGUCCCUACUGUUUGUGUCUUUCCAAAGGAAAAAUGAAAAUGUACAUUUUUUGAGGCAUUAGUAGCUGAGUACUAACCGUGGGUGCUGUUCCAGCCCAAACACAGAAGAUGGUUUAGGCCAUUAUUUAAGCUGUGGAGGAUGGUGGUUAGUUAGGAGCAGGGUCAUCCAGCAGGGCUGCACCAGCAUGCAGCAAGAGCAAUGUUUGGGGACAGGUUUGUUUGUAACCCCUGUCAUGACCAAUCAAAGCUCUGGGGGGGGUUGGUUGGGCUUUUUAUUAUUUUUUUUUAAUUUGUAUUUGUUGUUUCCCUGGCUCUCUGCCCCACCCCAGCAGCUGCAGAGCGGUGCUGACCCCGCAGCCUCUGGCACAAGUAGCCCUGUCUUCAGGAAACGGGGGAGCAGGCAAGGUGGUGUACAGGUGGGGGUACAGCUGUAGCUGGAGACAGCGGGCGCUGCAGGGACACCUGCAUCUACAGCUCGCAUGCGAACAAAAGCCGUGAGAAGCCCGGCCUUCCACGGGCCUUGGUUUCUUGGUGCUGGGGGCAGUGGUUGUGCACCCCUGGGAUGCCGGCAGUGAAGAAUUGGGUGUCGCAGAGCAGGCGGAGGGGAGGUGCAGCCACGGCCUACAGCAGCACGGGGAGGAAAACACAUGCACAGAGGCUCGCAUGUGUGCUAAGGGCACACUGCUGUACACAUCUGAUGUCCCAGUACUGCUGGUGGGAGGCAAAGGCCAUGCAGUUCCCUGCCUUGCCCACUAAACCUGCAACACAGCGGCUGGGCUGCAGUGUGCCAGCCCUGCGCGUCAGCCCAGGCAUGGUGGGUGUCAGUGAACCCUACUUGGUGGUGGUGCUUGGGGUCGGGGUUGGGGUCUGGGGGAGACAGGGGGUUGUUAGCAGGGCUUGCUAGGGAGGAGGCAGGAGUUUGCUGGCUUUCAAAGCAAGUCCAAGGAGUGGUUGGAGGGGGUUGCAGGGCAGUGGGUGUGCCGGACAGGGCUGUGCCCCCGCACAGCCCUUCUGAUGGCAGCAUCUCGGCAGGGAGUGUAGAUUUGCAAGGAUGUUUACAUGUUCAGUUGGCCUUGCUAAGAACAAGCGACGUAAAACGCACUUUAUCAGAACCUCUCCCCUGAACACACUUUAGUUCCAGAGCCCACCCCAGCUCCUGGCGCAGGUGCUCGUGGUGCCAGGUGCAGGCAUGGGUAUGGGCACAGGCAGAACUGGGCUCCCGAGGGCAAAGUUCCCCAGCCCCAUGGUGGGGCUGGCUCUGUCCCUGCUCAGCCUGCCUCUGGGCAGGGGCAAGGCUGGCCCAGGGGCCCGGGCUUUUUGCUUUCUGUCACCACUCACGCUCAAAAGAUAAAUGACUAAAUAAAUCUCUUUAUUCAGGUUGAGUUGUAUUUGUUUACCUCGGUGUUAGCUACGAGCUGUGUUUCUGGGACCUGUUUGGAAUGAAGGGUUGCUGGUGGGUUUGGUUCACCCCCAGGUACUUACGAGAGACCCCCAAGCAUGAGGUGGUCGCAUAGGCGGGUGGGAAUAUGAGCAGUGCUGCCUGUGCCAGGAGUUGGGCUCCAGCAUCAGUGCUCACUAAUGUCCUGAGGCUUUCUAGCACACAAGCACCUAUAUACUCUCUCUCUCUACAUAUAUAGAUACACAGAUAUGUUUUUAAUGUGCAUAUAUAUGUAUAUAUAUAUAUAUAUAUAGGCCACACAAUUCCAGACCUCUGAAAACACAGGCAGCUUUAAUUAAUAAAGUCUUGCACUUUUAGCAUAUUUGUACAUAUAAGCUAAAGCCUGGUGGGUACCAUCAGGCUGGUUUGACAAACACAGUGAGAAGUUACUGUACAUAUUGUAACAUAGUCCAUGUAAAAAAAAAAGAGGAAGAAAAAAUAUGAAAAAAAUGUUAGAACUGACUAUAAAUCUUGGUUUAUUUUAUAUGAUGUCAAAUAUAGAUACGUUUAUAAAUGUUACUAUUCUUAAAAGUAUUUUGUAAUGGGAAAAAGGAAGUGUCUUAUGAAGAUGAACAGUAAAGAUUUUAUUCUCGUUUUGAAUCUAUGUCCCUGCACAGCUCCAUUGGAUGGCAGUCUGUGCAUUUUGACAAGCUUUAAAGAGAUUGUACAUAGUAUUUUCAAAAAAAAAAAAAAAAAGAAAAAGAAAUAAAAGCAUACUUGC